CCUCACAACUGAUGACGCAAUCCAGUGAAAGUGUGCAUCGGCACGCGCGCGUCGCGCAGACAGCAGAGAGCAGGCGCAGCGGCAAGACUGCAUUCUGACCAACUACACCUCGAUCACACACCCAUACACAGCUCCUGAACCAACCUAAACAUGGUCGACCGCGAGCAGCUGGUCCAGAAAGCCAGACUGGCAGAGCAGGCUGAGAGAUAUGAUGAUAUGGCUGCUGCCAUGAAAUCGGUAACGGAACUGAAUGAGGCCCUUUCGAACGAGGAGAGGAACCUGCUCUCUGUGGCCUACAAGAAUGUAGUGGGCGCGCGCCGCUCCUCCUGGCGCGUCAUCUCCAGCAUCGAGCAGAAGACCUCCGCUGACGGCAACGAGAAGAAAAUCGAAAUGGUCCGCGCUUACCGUGAGAAAAUCGAGAAGGAGCUAGAGGCCGUUUGCCAAGACGUGCUCAACCUCCUCGACAACUUCCUGAUCAAGAACUGCAACGACACCCAGCACGAGAGCAAAGUCUUCUACUUGAAGAUGAAGGGCGACUACUACCGUUACCUGGCGGAGGUGGCCACGGGUGAAAAGAAAGCCACGGUGGUGGAGUCUUCUGAGAAGUCCUACAGCGAGGCCCAUGAGAUCAGCAAAGAGCACAUGCAGCCUACGCACCCCAUUCGUCUGGGUCUGGCGCUCAAUUACUCCGUCUUCUACUACGAGAUCCAGAACGCACCUGAGCAGGCCUGCCAUCUGGCCAAGACGGCUUUCGACGACGCGAUCGCCGAACUGGACACCCUGAACGAAGACUCCUACAAAGACUCCACGCUCAUCAUGCAGCUCCUGCGAGACAACUUAACGCUCUGGACGAGCGACCAACAAGACGACGAGGGAGGCGAAGCCAACAAUUAAGCGCUGAAGAUGAAAAGAGAAGAUCUUUAAGACCCUUAUCCUCUCAGCCGUAACAUAAAACACGCGUGCUCACACAACAAAGAAAAACAAAAAAAAGUAUAAGUUACAUGAAAAAUUCACAAAAGGGCGGCAUGAUGGAACUGUGUCAGCCACGUUUGCUGAUAGCAAAGCAGCGCAGUUUUCUUUAUUACCCACGAAAUUACAAGUGACAGAAAUAUGCUACUUAUAAAGAAUGGUAGGUUUAAAAAAAUUAAGAAGUAGCUUAAAAAGAAUAAAUUGAAUCUUUCUUUCGGUGACGUUUACUCAACACAAGCUUGUCGGUACAUACGUCGUUUCUAAAUGACUAAAGGGUUACGCUAAACCCGCUGGCAUAGGGACUGUUCUCGUAGCGUAAUACGAAGCGGAGCUGCUUAUAUUCAUUUACAUUGUAAGUAAAGAGUACUUUAAAGCAUCAAAAAGGUGGGCUUAAAUGACUAAAAAAUCUUUAAGUGAAAACUUGAAUGUUGUCGCCUCGCAAAAGUAGAUAUUUGCAAACAGGCUGCACUGAGCGUAAACGGUCGUGUUUUUGUCUGAUAUAUAAGUUUAUAGGGAUUCUGCACCCACUAGUGUUUAGAAAGUCGUUUACAUCGGACUGGUUGUCUGUGCCAUUUAUGAUACACAUCAUCAUUAUUAUGCAUCUCACCACGGAACCACACGAAACUACUGUAUUACAGUAACGUUGAUUAGGUGUGCAAAAAUAACACAGUUAUGAGUUCCCUUGUACACGAAUCGCCUUUUCAGUCCAAAGCUAAAUCCGUUUUACAGUCGUUAUUAUUAUCAUUAUUGUUAUGGAUGCCGUUUCAAAAAUGGUCAAGCCUGAUCCACAUUGUAUGAGAAAAUUUGAUUUGAUUUUAAUGCACUGAAGAAUAGUUCUAAAUAUUAUAGAUAAAACAAUCAAAUGAUGGUACAGGCGAAAAAUAAAAGUUAUAAAAAGAACAAAAAAACUAAAAUUCCAAUGCUUGAAAAAAACUAAAGAAUGCGAGCACUCUAAAGUAAUCCCUAAUCACUUGGUUUAAUACACUCAAUUAAUAUUACUGGUACCAUAGACUAUUUUUUUGUUGUUCAGUUAAUUUAUUUUAAGUUUUUGACAGUGCACUGGCAUAAAAUCACUUUUGUUCUCUUUUUUUUUUUAUUCUCAUGAAAUGCACUUGCGUAUUAUACUGUUUCUCAAUGUAGGACGAUUACAGCUCCAAUAUUCUUGAUAAUACAAUAUUGUGCAUGCUGGUGAUGUAUUUAUAUACCAUAGCUCGACUUUAAAAUUUGUAGAUGUUAUGUAUUCAUAUGAACAAAAAAUGACAUGAAUUUAAUCUGAUUAUUUUCUAUUUAUUACUUUUGGAUUAUUUCAAUGUUAUGACUUUUUCUUACAUAUUUGUUCCUUGCUGAAGUACGCUAUACCAAAACAGUGCGUGUUUACCAUGAAAUAAUCUGUUAUGGAUGUUGCUCUAGUGACAUGCGAUUCUUGUAUUCUGUUUUUAAAAAACAAAAAGAACAAAAAGUGAAAAGACAAAAAAAAGAGAGAGAGAGAAGAAACCAUUAAAUUGUGAAAUGAUUAAUGUUGUUCUUAAAAUAUUUUUUUUCUGUGCUUUCUUCUGUCAAAUUCUACUGUGAGAUUUUUUAAGGUUUGCUGUAAUAUCAGUGUUUGGUUUUUUCCCUCCUCUGAAUAUGGGAUUCACUCAUGGAACAUUACCUAUUCUUAUGAUUUCUGUUUUCUUUCUUUCUCUCGUCUACUGGUAUCUUAAAUGUGAGUCAUGUAGCGGUUGCACAAAAGAAACAUAAUGAUAAUAAUAAUGAUAAUUAAAAAAAAAUAAAACAUGACUGUGCUCUUCUAACCACCA